CGCAGCAAAGGCCGAGUCAGCAAUUCAGCACCACCCUUCUCAUCUUCAUCUUCUUCCUCUGCCCUGCGCCGGCAGGCAGCAGAUGGUGGAGGCUAUAAAAAGGGAGGCAGAGUAUCCUCUCAUCACCACACCACAGCUGAUCUCAGUCCACAGCACAGCAGAGAAGCAUUCUUCCAUUCUACUCAACGCAAAGUCCCUCCCUCCGAUCAGAUCGAGCGCUAGCCUCGCCGCAACAUCCAUCCCAUCCAUGGCCCCCUCCCAAGAAGUCGCGCCCCCUGCCGCCGCCAUCACCAAGGACCCAUCCACCAACGGCAACGGCAACGGCAACGGCAACGGCACAGCCGCACCCGCCCCCAAGACCAAGACGCCGGCGCUGAACGAGCGGAUCCUCUCCUCCAUCACCCGCCGCUCCGUCGCCGCCCACCCGUGGCACGACCUGGAGAUCGGCCCCGACGCGCCCACAAUCUUCAACUGCGUGAUCGAGAUCCCCAAGGGGAGCAAGGUCAAGUACGAGCUGGACAAGAAGACGGGGCUCAUCAAGGUGGACCGCGUGCUCUACUCCUCCGUCGUCUACCCGCACAACUACGGCUUCAUCCCGCGCACCCUCUGCGACGACUCCGACCCCAUCGACGUCCUCGUCAUCAUGCAGGAGCCCGUCGUCCCGGGGUGCUUCCUCCGCGCCAAGGCCAUCGGACUCAUGCCCAUGAUCGACCAGGGCGAGGCCGACGACAAGAUCAUCGCCGUCUGCGCCGACGACCCCGAGUACCGCCACUUCAACGACAUCAAGGAGCUCCCGCCCCACCGCCUCGCCGAGAUCAGGCGCUUCUUCGAGGACUACAAGAAGAACGAGAACAAGGAGGUGGCCGUCAACGACUUCCUGCCGUCAGAGGACGCCUACGAGGCCAUCCAGCACUCCAUGGAUCUCUAUGCCACCUACAUUUGCGAGGGCCUGAGAAGGUAGAUAAUAGACCCGGUGAUGCCAUGCCGCUUGCUGGAGGAUGUUGAUGAAAAAUUAUUCGUGUCGAAACGUUACAUACAUUCUUGUUUUGUGUUACCUACCUGCAUACACAAAUACACAUACUAGUAUAUGAUAUGAUCGCCCAAAGCCUUGCAUUAAGGCAGUAGCAGCCAGAUAAGCAGGGCAUUCUUUUCCCAACUACCUUAUGUAAUACAAUUUCCUGGCUGAAUGAAUAUGAGAUGUUGGUAUACUUUUCCCCA